AUGGCGUCUUCAGCGACUUCUCUUGAACGACAGCCCUUGCUGGGAUCGUCUUGGGCAGCCAAUGACUAUCGGACCAUCGCCGAAUCGGCACCUCGAGCUGCUCAGAGGCAAUCACGCUCGCCAUACCUCAGCUUCUUUGUGCGCUUUUAUUUUGGCCUCGGUCUCGUCCUUUUGCUUCUGGUCACCAUCUUGACCAUCCUCCUCGCGAUCAACUACUUUGAACCCAUCCCUCUGCUGCUCCCACCUCACCGCUCGCCUGCCCUUUUGCCACUAUGGUUCUGCUUCCUCUCUUUCGCCAUGCUUGCUCCUGGUCUGCUCUUUUUUGAGCUCGCUUCUCACUCCACCAACUUCUUCCACCUCUUUGUGCUCUGCUGCACUAUCGCAGAUGCCAUCCUCCUCCUUGCCCUGCCCGAGUUCCGCAUGUCCCAUUCCUACCUUGGUUUGGCUUCCGCUGGUCUAUGCCUGCUUUCCACGCUUUGGGCCUUCUUGUCUUCUUUCCAUCUGCAGAAGAAAACAAUCCCGUUCACUCUCAAUCCAGAUCUUGGCGCUCCCAUCGUCGCCGAGAUCCCGCUUUGGCGUGUACAGGCUAAGUGGAGCAGGCGCUUCAAGCUGGUGUGCGCCCUCUUUGGCUCCCUUGCCACCGCUCUUACUGCUGCCCUUGUUACAUUCGACCUCGUCCUCGAUGCCGCCGACUCUGCCUUCAAGCCCCUGGCCAACCUCACCCUUGUACAUCCUACCUCUCUCACAAAACAUCCCGUCUAUCCACAAGACCCGGCCGACGUCAACCCAUAUCCUGUCUCCUUCCGCCUUCACCUUGCCUGCGAAUCCGCUCCUACCGCCCAUCAGCUGGACGGCCCCAAGUCUCGCAACUCGACCCGAGUCACUCCCACUGCUCUCGUAAUGGCAGAGCGUGGCGUAUCUGGCGUCAUGGCAGCACAAUUCCUCCGUGAGAUGGUUGCUCGAUCCGGUUCGCCUUCAGGCCUCAAAGCUCCUGGCGAGGACGGCCACCUGGCUCUCACACGCGUCUGCUUCUGGGACCGCAUCGGUUAUGGCCAUUCCGACUUUGUCUAUCAGCCCGUCUCAGUCCGCUUACAGACCGAAGCGCUCUAUCACGCUCUUCAGAAGCACGACCAGCUCGACCUUAGCAGCAGCUCAAAGAAGGACAACAAGGACAAGAAAGAUGGGCACAUGCUCGGCAAAUUCAUGCUCGUAUCUACCGGCUAUGGUCAUCUCUUUGCUCAAGAUUUUGCCAUCCAACAUCCACAACUCGUCCACUCCUUCCUUCACAUUGAUGCAGAGACUCCCGACUCGUGGUAUACGGACAAAGUUGGCCUCGACUCUGGAGCACGUGCUGGCUUUGCCUCGCGUUACCAUGGCACCUUUGGCUCGCUCUUCUACGACUUGCUUCCUGCUCUUGCAGAGCCGAUCGGCAUUACGCGCAUCAUCGGUUUGCUAAAGGGUAAAUCGGUCGUAGACCGUAUUCUUGCCCCAGGACAACGUGCCCGUGCUGCAGGCCAGCAUGACUUGGCUGGUGGAGGAUGGCGCAUUUGGGCCGCUGGCGGCGGCAACCCCAGACUUCUCAUGUCUUCCUGGUUGGAGCGCCUUGAUGCCAACCUCGGCAGGGCGAGCGCCAACUAUGUUAGACUUAACAAGACCAGCUCUCACUACCGUUUGCUCCUCUCUGAGCGACCGGUUGCAGUUCUCUCAAGCUUCUGGAGGAUGCAUGCGGAUGUCGAAGGAUGGGGCGAGGAGCAGAGAGAGUCGCUUGUUGCUCCAGCCAAGAAGAGCUCCAGCUUGGUAGGCUGGUGGCGCCUCGGCGAUCGCGAAAAGAGGACAGGAGGUGGUGACCAAGGCGGAGCUGCCGGUAUCUGCUCCACCAAAAUGGGGCUUAUCUUCUGCGAAGAAGCUGUUCGCAAACUGAUUGCCGCUGGUCAAUUCUGGAAUUCCACCGCUGCUUCUCCAUUGCAGUGA